AUGGAUCGGUUCCGGAUGAUCUUCCAAUACUUUCAGUCCAAUUCUGAGUCGGUGAUGAAUGGGAUCUGUGGGCUGCUAGCCCUGGCUAGCGUGAAGAUGUAUACUUCCUUUGAUUUUAACUGCCCCUGCCUGCCCAAGUACAACAUGGCUUAUGGUUUGGGGAUCAUGUUUCUGCCCCCCACGGCCCUCUUUCUCUGUGGUCUUAUUCUCAACAGACAGUCUCUGGUGAUGCUGGAGGAGUGGAAAAGACCUACUGGGGGCAGAAAGAAGGAUCUGGCCGUCAUCAGUAUCGCCCAGGCCCUUGGCUGGAGUGUUCUGCUGAUCCUUAUCGUGGUAGCCUGCCUUGCCCGGUCGCUCAGACCCUGCUUUAAUCAGGCUGCCUUCCUGCAGACACGCUACUGGAGCAACUACAUCGACAUCGAGCAAAAGAUCUUCGACGAAACCUGCUGCGAGCAUGCCCGGGACUUCGCCCACAAGUGCAUCCUCCACUUCUUCGAAAGCAUGCAGCAGGAAAUCAAACUGCGGCGUUUCAAUGCGCCCAGGGAGGAGGUCGACGGGGGAGAAGGGGAAGAAGAUCACCUGCGGGGAAUCACAGACCAGGAGCAGAUGAACGAGCUCCUGAAAUCAUGGUACUACAGCAAGCCCCCCCUGGAUGUCAGCCAGGCAACCCAGCGGCAGCAGUCUGUGGGCAGGGAGAGACUGUCCGUGCCCUGGGCAGAUAGCUUGAGUAACAGGGGGAAUGCACCACAAAAGCCCAAAACCUCCAGACAAACCGAUGUUUAAAAGGGUCCCUAUCACACCAAGAAGGCACCAAAACGUGUCUUCCUUAAAAGCGAAGUCAGUCCCACGUAGCAACAGUGGAGGAUGAGGUGACGGAUAGACUAGACAGACCUGCAUACACAAGUGUGCAAACUGGCCCAAGCUUAGAACCUUGCAGCCCAAAAGGCAAAUGUUUCAGUACAUUAUGAGCAAGAGAAGACAAGGUUAAAAUGGAAACACUUUUGUAGCCCUUAGGGCAAUGGCCUCUGUAGUCCAUGAUUCCUCAUGGAAUCGGCUGGGGAACCCACCCCUUGCUGUCAAGCUGUACUCUACAAAGCUUUUAUAACCCAUGCACACACAGCGUGGUGCUCUGCCCUGUCUCAUGGUGGCUGGACCACAUACAGAGGUUGAGCCUGCUACACCACUGACUAUUAGAGCUGAAUCUUUUACCUCAGGCAGUACAGCCCUUGCUUUAAGAUCCAGAGGUUCCAGGGUUGAACCCCUCUGCUGACCCACCCAGCGUCACUGUUGUACACUUUCAUUGUAAUAAAAAAUUUCGAAGACCUUAUGGUUGUGAGAAAAAAAGCUUCCAGAUAAAAGUUUAAUCAGUGUAGUAACAUCUGCCUGAGUCUGCAGGCAGCCUCAAAUAAUAGCUUUGAGAGGUGUGAGUUGCUCCCACAUAUGUCACUGGAGAGUGUUAACUUUUAAAACCUAACAGUGCUGACACAAAAUUAUGUCACUGCUCGGUUUUUAACAGACAAUUAACAUGGUUACCCAAAAACCCCUAAUGUUCUCCCAUAUUCCGAAAGCUCUCACUGCCCCAAAGCCAGCUGUUAAACCCUCCAGUUUCCCCACUAACAAACCCACAGGUCUGCAUUUUCAAUACAAAAAUAUAGCAGCACUUUGAAAG